AUGCUCUCGUUUUUGGUGUCAACGAUAGUAAUCGCUUUGCUGACUGCUUUGUCCUUUGCAGACGUGGCUCCGAUCAGCGACUUGGAGGCGUACAACAAUGGCUUCAUUGGCCAAUUUCCUUUUCAGACCUUCAAGUCUUCAGAUGCUGUUGCCCCCGUCUUUCAAAUUAACACUUUUGAGCCCAAUCGUGUUGAUGCUUCUGAAUUUCUCUUCCUAACUAUAGAACAUGGCGACAAGUCAGGACCUGCCAUCUUCUCAAGCAAAGAUCUGAGCCUCGUGUAUGCCGAUAUCAGGUAUAAUACAACCUUUGAUGCCCGUGCGCAGGUGAGAAAUGGGGGCAAGUACCUCACCUUCAUCGAGAGUGGACGCUGCCACGCCUUCAACGCCAACUACCAAAAGAGAUGGACAGUUUCAAUCCGCGGUCUAGGAGCUACCGACGCCAACAUCCAUGACUGCGAGUUCACUACUCAAGGAAAUGCUCUUAUAACUGCGUAUCAGGACAUCAGGUACAACUUGACUGCUCUCGGCGGAGAGAUGGACGGCUGGCUGAGCGAUUCUAUUUUUCAAGAGGUAGACCUCGAGACCGACAGAGUCUUCAGCGUUUGGCGAUCAUUCACCCAUGUCAAUCUUACUGAUACCAUGGUCAAACAGUGUUUCCAAGGCAAGUCAUUUUCCAAUCCUCAUAGAUCUUGUGCUCACAGGAACCAGACCUCGGAGAACCAUUAUCUCGUCUCAUCAAGGGGUUUAUCAGCAAUAAUUCUUCUGCAGGCUGAUACACUUGAUCCGCAAUGGAUUCUUGGAGGAAAGCACAACCAGUUCAAAGACCUCAGUGGUGGCAGCGCAACCAACUUCGCUAACCAAUAUGACGCAAAGUUUGUUCAAGGAAAUGAGAGCCGGAUUAGCUUCUUUGACAACCAGGGCACUGAAACGGGAUUGUGUAACGGGGACAAUUGUUCUCGAGGCGUUGUUGUGGAACUCGACUACGAUAAAAUGACAGUCCACCUCUUACAUGAGUUUCUUCAUCCCCAGAAAGUAUACUCUGGUUCGGGAGGUAGUGUCCAGGGCUUAGACAAUGGAAACUUCCUUGUCGGUUGGGGGGCUAAUCCGGGGAUUACCGAGUAUGCGCCCGACGGUACGAUUGUCAUGGAUAUUCAACGAGGAGCGGUGCCGUACAUCCCCGAAAGCGACAUAGGUGCUGACAUGCCUGUUUAUCGAGCAUGGAAGAUGGAGUGGGUUGGCCGGCCUCCAUGGGGCCCUUCUAUCACUUCGUCGGCCCCGGGAGACGAUGGCUCAGAUGUUAGCAUCUAUGUGUCUUGGAAUGGCGAUACCCAGGUUCAUCAUUGGGAGGUGUAUGCGGGUGAAGACGAGAAGAAUGUCACUUCUUCUCCUAGACUCCUUCGAACUCAUCUCGAGUCGGCUUUGAAACUGAAAUCGGCCUGGAAGGGCUAG